AUGGCUGACACGGCGGUUGCUUUCGCUGAGCAGCUCAAGCUCAGCAAGGCCACCAACAUCACCAUCUACGUAGGCAGACGUCAGCCAGACAUCGAACCAUACGUCCUGCCCAAGAUUGUCCUCUCCAACGCCGCCCCGUACUUCCACAAGAUCGUCAACUGCGACUUCAAAGAAGGCCAGGAAGGCGUCUUGCACUUCCCCGAAGACGACCAGUACUCGUGGAGGCUGUUCAUCUACUGGCUCUUCAACCGCCGCCUCCCUGAGCCAGACCGCCCCGCUCCACCAAACCCUCGCCAUCUGGGUCCGCGCGCCUUAAGCCCAUUCUUCUCGGCUCUCAUCAAAGCCUGGAGCCUGGGCGACAAGUACGACAUCCCAGCAUUCCAGAACAGCGUCACCCUCCGCAUGAUCCGCACCUUCGAGAUCAGCUUCCCAGCCAUGGAGAACGUCACCGAAGUCUUCGAGACUACACCAGUUGGCUGCCCGCUCAGACAGCUCAUCGUUGAGGAGCUCGUCACUGCGACCAUGAAGCUUCGUGUUGCGAAGAUCGCAGAUAUCGCGCCACUCUCAAAGCUCGAUGGCUUCUUUCCGCUGUUCAUACAGUGCUAUCAGGACCUCUGCGCCAAUGUGCAGCGGUACCCGCUUCACAAUUAUGGCAGGAACUCGACGGAGAUGCAGAAGUAUCUUGUCGAGGAAGACAGAGAUUUGGCGAAUGAGGUGGAGGCUAUGAUGAGGGAGCACGGGCAGGCUUAG